AUGCCGAGAAAUAGUAAAACUCCUAAUGUCCAUGAUACUGAUUGUGUAGAUAGAAUUUCCAAUUUACCUAUCGAAAUUAUCCGUCAAAUUCACUCCCGCCUUCCAUGGAAAGAUGCAGCCAGAACCAGUGUUCUGUCCCAGAUAUGGCGAAGCUUUUGGGAUUCUCGCCCUAAAAUUUAUUUGGAUGAAACUGAUUUUGGGACCAAGUUUUUCAAAUACAGUGAUAGAGACAAAGAGAAAAGAGAUUUGUUCUUAACAUACUUGCAAAAAUCCUUGGACAGACGUGAGAAGUCUGAAUAUGAUUCUGCAGUUGACUCUCUCUUGCUUACAAUGAUAGUUGAGAAUUCUUCUGCUGAAUUCCUGGUCAAAAAGUGGAUUGAUUUUGCCUUGAAAAAUAAGGUUAAAACGUUACUUCUUAGUUUAAAAAAGACUUAUCAUAACGGUUUUGACUUGCGUGACGUUGAAAUUAAAACUGCUACUUUGGUUACGCUGGAUAUCGAAUACUGUGAGAUUUCAAAUUGUUCUUUUAUGCUUCCUAAUCUAAGGUCACUCUUUCUACAUCAUGUCUGCAUUGCAGAUGAUGAUUUUGGUGAUCUCAUUGGCGGGUGCCCGCAAAUCGAAAAAUUAAGCAUUGUGAAUCGCAGAAAGUUGGGUACUAUUGUAGUUUCAAAUCCUACCCUGAAAUUAUUUGUAAUAAAUGUUACUGGUUUUGGUGGUAAAAUACUAAUAGAGUCAAAAAAUCUUGAAUCCCUUACAUUAUAUUCCUUCAGCAAAGGCACGUGUAAAGUAGAGAUUACUUCCACCGCAACGGUCAGGAAUUUGACAUUGCUUGAUUUUGAUGAUCAAGAUAGGAGAUUGAUGAAUUAUAUAAACAUAUUCCCUCUACUUGAGAAACUCGUGAUUUAUCAGUAUGUUUGCAGUAAUUUGAAAGUUUCUCAUCAGCAUCUGACAAGCUUUGUGCUGGAGGCCUACAUGGAAAUAGAGGAGGUUAUAUUAGAUGCUCCUAAGUUAAAAUCCUUCGAGUACAGGGGUGGCCUCACGUUAUUUCCUGGAAUUGAAACUUCACAUGAGUUGGAAUUUGUUCAUCUCCAUUUAAAACCGAGAAGGCUCAAUAAUCGCUGGUACAUUUGGUUAAGAAAUAUGCUGGAGUCUUUUGCUCAUUCUAAACACGUAAGGCUGACUUGCUUAGAUGAACAGGCUAUCAGAUUUCCUGAUGAGCUAACUGAGAUUUUAGCUCCAACAAUCAAUGAUCUCAAGAAUCUGGAAUUGCGAGUUCGUUCAUCUACUGCCGCUUCUCAACAAAUUUUAGAUGGAUUUGUUAGGAUUCUUCCCGGUUUGAAGACUUUGUCCUUCACUUCGAGUUCUAUAUCGGAACUCAUUGAGUUUCCGCAGUGAGGAUGAUGUGAAGGCACUCUCAGCAAAACUAGUGCACGGUCCAAAAU